CCCUGUAUUACUUGUACCUCGACUUGUACUCCCUUAUUGGUCCCACAGAGAGUUCUAUGCUCGAAUACUUCAAAUAACUGCGAAUAUUUUGCCACUUUCAGAUCAUUCUGACGACUCGAUGGUUACCGCAAUUGACAUCACAUUAAAUGGGAAAUUAGCUCUGACUGGAAGCAGUUCAGGAACAUUAUCGCUGAUGAACUUGGAUAGUUUUGAGGUAGUUCAGACGCCCGGAAAGACCGAAGCCGGAGUCGGUAUACGUUUGGUUUGCAUACUAAGUGAUCAGGCCCGUUUUGUAUUUGUUGACAUGGCAAACAGAGUAGAAUUAAGAAAUUUUAAUAAUAAAGAUGCCGAGUUACUAUUGGAUCAACCAGCUGUUAAAGUGACUUGCAUUACUACUCAUGGUGUAGACUAUGUAUUGCUUGGUUGUGAAAACGGAGAAUUAGUAUUGUUUAAUUUACAUGUUAAACAAUAUAAGUAUAAAUAUCAAGCUCAUUCCGAAGCCGUUUCUCAAGUUAAAAGCGACCCAGCUGGUGUCAUUCACUUUUUUGUAUCGGGGUCUGCCAGUGGGUGUGUGAAACUUUGGUAUGUGUCGAAAACCGUGCCGCCUUUGUCGAGUCAAAUUUGGUCACAUGACAACGUUUACCCGCAUUCCAUUACUGCCCUAGCAUUUGUCCCCCACUCCGAGGACAUCGUGAUCGGUUCCUUUGACAACAAGGUAUGCUGAGUACAUUAUUAUUAUUAUUAUUACAACUUUAUUUCAAUACGGAACUAUUUCACAAUGUAAAACUAACUAUAUACAGAGAGAAACCAAAAUGAGGGAUCUUCCAAUAGGCCGUAUA